ACGUAAUCAGUCUCCCGUGAACUCUAAUAAAGAAAUCAAGAAAUUUGAAAAUCGCCGUAAACUCAGUCAGCCAUCAGUCUUCAAGUCUCCUGGCGUGAAAAAAAAAAAAAAAAGAAAAAAGAAAAGCCGAAGAAAAGGCCGAUGAGAGGAAGAAAAGAAGAACGAACAACUGCUGCUACUAACGAACCAACAAGACCAACAACCCCAAACGCAAACCCAAACCAACGACUUAUCAUCAGAGGAAAACCAAAGAAGAAGAACAACAACAAUCAACCAUGAGUCAAGACCAGCAACAACAACUGCUACUACCACUCCCACUACCACCACCACUCAACAACAACUAUCCAAACCAAGAACACUCCGAACAGCAGCAACCACUCUCAUUCUCCGGAAGAUGGAUCCCACUCCCCAAGAUCCUCUACGGCACCACCAUCUACCCAUUCAACCCAAUCCAGAUCGACCCCAGGAAGGUGGACAUCAAGGGAAAGGGAAAACAACCCACCGAAGAGCCCUCCCAGGAUAACCUCCCAAACCUAGUCCCUGCCAAUCCAAACCAGGUCCCAUUGGACGUCGGUGAUGAAUGCUACGUCUUCGAGCAGUAUCUACCUGCAUCCCAUCCCAUCGACCCUUCCUCGAUCUGGUACAGAGGCUAUGUCGUCACCAUCUCCCAUCAACCCUCCUCACUCUCAAACCUACCCGUCUCUCAACUCAACCGAGCCGACUCUCAACCAUUCGAAUCCACAACCAACAACACCGAUCACUUUCACUCCCCCGCCCAUCUUCCAGAUGAACCUCAAGUCUUCCUCGGCAUCUUCCCCGCCUCCCAUCUCCAGAUCAGGGAACAUCUCGACGACUCAUCCCAUCGAUCAGACCGCUCCCUCGCUCAGAUUCGUGCCGCCAGCGCUGCUCAUCUCCACUCCAUCCAGGGCCAAUCGAAUAACAGCAACAAUGCUCACCUGCUCAGGUCGUUCAGCAAGGAUUCCGGUCCGAUGGAGCCUCUGCCGGAGGAAGACGAAUCCGAUCUCAUCACCACCCCACUCAACCAACAUCCAUCCCAGAAGGCCAACGAACCUCCCGAUCAUGAGAAACUCUCGACCCCCUUACCAUCCCUCAAGGCCGGCGACGAGACCGUCUCGGGUCGCGAUGAACCCCUGAUCGACGAAAUCGCCUGUGCACUCAGGGAGUGGUAUACCCUCCUCUUCGUCCAUCUCCAUCGACGGCGCUACCAACUCUUCCAUCUCAUGAAGCUACAGAUCGAAGCCCUUCACAUGGGAAGGCGUCAACUCCUAGCCCAGACCUUGAGCACCGAGGAGGCUGCCAAACUCAGACGCGAUCUCGUCAACCGACUCGUCUAUGGCAAUUACAUCCAACAUCUCGAUAUCAUCGUCCGUCACCCUGAUUACGGUGCGCUCGUCGAUAGCGAAGUCGAAAUCGAGGCUGUUGAUUCGAGGUCAUGGAUGUCGAUCAUCAGAAUGUAUGUCUACCAGGUCAAACUCGCCUAUCUCAGCCCGGCACUCAACUCUCCCACCGGAGCUCAAGCGAUCCUCCAUCUAGCCGAACCCAGUGGCUCCAAUGCACUCUCCUCCAUCAGCGCCAACAACCAGUCCAAACUCUGUGAACCCAAUCAGAUCCCCUUGAACGCACACCUCCCUAGCCUACGCAAUACCAGAUCCAACGGCCCCACCUCAGUCGACAUGCUCACCUCACCACAUGGAACUAGGGCUCAGAACUGUUCUGGAAGCGGCUAUCGACCCAAGUUUUAUCACAUGAUGCUUGAGAUCAAAUCCUUUUUGGCUAGUCCGUGUGUCGAGGGGGAGAUGAUGGAGCUCUACUUUUCACUCUACAAUAAGAGUGAGAGUAGGUUUCUCACCGAAGAGUUUUGCAUCAUCCUCAACCAUAUGGGCUUGCCUCAGAACUCAAACCCUGUGCAAUCGAGGCACCUCCAACAUAUGUCGACAUCUUAUACUAGCAACCCCGGCGGUGAAAGUCAUCUAGGCGUUGGUCAAGAUCAGAAGGCGAAUCCUAACGAACUGAUCUCACUUCGAACGAUGUUCAAGGACAUCAGCCCACACGACGUCCAGGAUUCGAUCUUCUUAGUCUGUCGACUAGUCAAGAAUGGCGCAAUGAAGACGGCCGCCGGGCAUUCUAACCAUACCGCCACCAUUCAAACCAUGCAAGAGACCUCUCACACCUUGAGCGUCAGCCCCUCAGGAUAUGAACCCGACUUCAAUUCGCUCAGGAAUUCCUUUGACGUCACUAGUUCCGACGCGCCCACCCUAAGACAGAUUGGCCAGCCUAGAGAGGCCCAUGGGAUGACGUUCACCAGUCUCAAAUCGGGUUCUCAAUCUGUCCGACGACCGUAUGGAUGUGCCGUUGUGGAGCUCGCUCAAUUCUCCUCUCAAAGUAGUCAGAUGCUCUUCGGCAAUACUCCCAACUCUGCAGGAAUGUCUCGACUGACCAGCCAGACUACCGCCACGCCAUCGAACGUCUUUGAGCCACCCACCAGUCGGUACACCAUGAACAUCUUCUCACCCGUCAGUGAAGCCAGUUUCCCAACCUUACACGAAGAUAUUAUCGCCUCUCGAACCAAGGAAUUCUUUGGAAGUGGUAACCUCACCUCUAACGGACCCGGGCAUAACACUAGCAGUAACAAAAAUCAUCAACCCCCUCAAGGUCUGGGCCCUAAGAAUGAGGCGAUCGAAAUUCAAAUGAAGACUUACUACGGUGAUACAAAUACAAUCCUCAAGGAGAACAGCUCAAUGCUCAGCGAUGUUCCAGUGACCUCUAGAUUGGGCUUUCCAGACGUAGUCUAUCCGGAUGACUCACGGAACGAAAUCUACAUCAAGUUAUGGUCCGGCGAUUUCUCUAACCUCAGUGUUGGCGCUUCCAAAAUGAUCUCCGCAUCCGGCUCGGGUAAGAACAUCGAGGUUGCUGCCGAAUUGAGGACCAAUACUGGUCAGCUACUCGAGCGGAUGAUUUCUCGUGGCUCUGGAGAACCUAAAGUAACCCGGUACAACUCGAUGGUCUACCGUAAUAACCAGACCCCUACUUGGGGUGAGCUGAUGAAAUUGGAUAUCAGCUCAGAGACCAUCGAAAUCUGUCAUCUGUUCUUCACCUUCCGUAACCGGCAGGAGAAAUCAACCCGAAACAACAACGGUCAAACACAGAUGGACAAACCGUUUGCCUUUGCCUACUUACCGCUGUUCUCAUCCAACCGUACGUUCAUACCGGAUGGCGAGCACAGCCUGAUACUGUUCAAGUAUGACGAACAAAGCGCUAUGCCUGAAGUUUAUUGCCGCGUACGACCGACCGUUAUUCCUGGACAAGCAAUGCCGGAAAUAACUCCUGCACUCUCCAAGCUAUUGAUUCCACUUAAGGACAGCUUCAUCGUCCGAUCGUUCCUGUGCUCAACCCUCCACACUCAAGACGAAGUCCUGCUCAGGUUGAUGAAGUGGAACACUCUACUAGAUGACCCCGAUGGAUUGAGGCAGACGCUCACCAAGCUCAAGUUUGCCUCCGAAGUUGAAAUCUGCAAAUUUCUGCGGAACAUUUUUGAUGCCUUGUUUGGUGUCUUGGUCUCCCGUGCCAAUGCGGAAACCAAAGAGUACGAGGAACUUGUCUUUAAUGCCCUCGUGACCCUGCUUGGAAUCGUCUCCGAUCGUCGCUUUACCAACUUCAAACCGGUAGUCGACCUCUACAUCGAUCAUCACUUCUCCUCUACAACCGCCUCGACUCAUCUGUUACAAUCCUUCCAAAACUUGCUAAUUAAUCCAACCUCACCCGAAAACGCUCACCCCUUGAGAUGCUCCAUCAAGGUUUGGGGUUAUCUGAUGAGGUUCAUUGUUCGGUCGAGGGAGCUACAGAGAAUCAAAGAAUUGAAUGCACCAUCCAGUGGACUGAUGUGCGAUGCAGUAGAAUCAAAGUUCAAAGUUGACAUUAGCACGUUGCUCGGUCGAAUCAAUAACCUCAUGACCACUGACUCGAGUUCGAUCAUCGGCACUCAAACCUUGGCUGUCCAACACUUCGCAAGUCUGAUGACUGAACUAGCCAAGGUCUUCACCCCACUCGAGUUGCUAGAAAAGGCGAAUGCUUUCUGCGAGUCCAUCAAGGUCACCAAAGGCAAGAUCGUGAUGUGGAAACUCUUGCUCCAGGAACAUAUCGUCAUGAGUCCCAUCUUUGACCAAGCUGAUGGAAGGCUUCAGUUGGUCCCCAAACUGACAACCUGGGUUAAGCCCCAUCUCGGCGAAUUCGAAGAUUACCUGAUGUUCAAACCCCAAGAUAACGACGUUAUUAAGCAUUCAGCUCGUGUGACGUGGUUGGAGGGAAUCCGGAUUGCCGUCGCCGUGAUUGCGGUAGCAUUGGACAAAUUACACGAAGUUCUGAUCGACCCUGCUGUCUGUAACGAUCCAGGAAGCCUGGCACAGGAACACGACAACAUUGAAUACUUACUCGGCUUGCUUCCCAAGUUACUUGAGUCCUUCCGAGAGUUCGAAAGCCCUGCGAACGUCGAGAUCGUCCAACGGCUGGGGACAACAGCUUCAGUCAUCAGUUCUGUCCCAAUCGUCUUUCCAGCUACCUAUCCAUUCUCUCUCUUGAAUUCGCUCCCUCCCAAACCUAAUCUCAAUCCGAGCAACUCGAUGUCCAAUCCCAACGAUCCCAAUAACAACCCAUCCGUCGGUCAACAGAACAAUCCGCCGACGGUUCAGAAUGCACUAGGAGAGAUUGCGGUGGUGAUGAUCACGAUGAUCAUGUUGGCUCCGAGUCAGAUGUUGAAGAAUCAUUUGGAACUGAUGCUCGAAGUGGAAGGGAAGAUAAACUUUGGGAAGUUCCUGUCGAAGAUCUUCAAGGCAUUUUACUCGAUCUUGAAGAACGCGUCCUUUCCGUCGAAUUGGUUGAACAUCAACGUGAUUUCUCACAAGGCGAUCUUGAAGUUACUCGAAGUAGUUUCAAAGAUCCUGCAACGGGAGUUCAUCCCCACCACCGCCAACGAGCAUGAUCAAUCAAAGGAACAGAUGAAUCUGAAACGAGCCGGGCAUGUUCGAGAAGAGCCGUCGGGAUCGGAGGAGGAGGAGCGCUUUGACUCGAACCUUUGGUCGGACUUCUUUGUCCUCAACCACGGUCUCCUCUCCUCUAAACUGCUGAUCAUCGAGGAAUAUCCGCCUCAGAAACGUAGAGUGAUCUGGAAACUUGCUGGUGAUAUUCGCGAUGAAGGAUCCAAAAUCUUUAGAGCCGCUUGGGAAUCUAUCGGGGACUUCUCGAUCACUAUCGGCUCGCAUAAUCCUGCGGAUAAUAGUCCUAAUCAGGAUUCUCAGGAUAACCCGGAUCUCAAUAAGGAAGAUACCGAUCAACUCACGGGGCCUCAGCACCAAAUCAAUGAAGUCACACGAUGCGGCGGAUAUCAAGUCCAAUUCGUCCCCGGAUUCAUCGAACCUUUGUUGGAACUUUGUUUGUCCCAUCAUGAUGAAUUGAGGAGUAAUGCGGUCAUUGUGCUGUACAGUGUGAUCGUCAGCGAAUUCAAUCUCAACCGGGAUUUUACGGUGAUAGCGGACGAGAUAAUCGACAAGCUAGACAACCUAUUAGGAAGUUCACCGAACGAAAACCUCUCGAACCAGAUGGACGAGAUGAGUCGGGCAAGCUUUGUGGGUCAGCUGCGGGCGCUCUUCGACCACUCUCCAAUCAUCGACCGGCAGGAAGAUCCUGGACAACAGGGCCAGCAGGCUGGGAUCGAACAGGCGCUGAAGACUCAGAUCGAUCUCUUCCUCGACUCGCUCACUCAGUUCUUAGACCUCCUUCUCUCCAUUCGGAACUUGCCUCCUGGCGAUGAGUUCAUCGAUGAUCGGGUCAUCGGCACACUUAAAUUAAUGUCCUUUAUUCGGAACAUCGGGCGGAGUGGGAUUUACAUCCAUUACGUCCAUAAACUCGUUAACUUUCAUGCUGCUCAUGGCAACUUUGUCGAGGCUGGGUUGGCGCUGAGAUUGCAUGCCGAUUUGCACGAAUGGGAUCUCAAUUCAAUCGUUGAUGCAAUGCCGGGAUUGUCGCUCCCUAAACAGACUGUCUUUGCUCGUAAAGAGGCACUGUAUUUUAGGAUUCUGGACUUCUUGUCCAAAGGCAAAGCCUGGGAAAGUGGGAUCCAGAUCUGUAAAGAAUUGCAAGAACAGUACGAACAUGUGUCGUUUGAUUACGAACGAUUGUCCGAAGUCUUAGCCCACCAAUCUUCCCUCUUUCUCAAGAUCGUUAAAACCGAUCGCUAUUUCAGUGAAUAUUUUCGAGUGGCCUUCUAUGGUCAAGGGUUCCCACCUAGCGUACAAAAUCGUCAAUUUGUCUAUCGAGGAUAUGAGUGGGAAAAAUACGCAGCAUUUUGUGAUCGAAUGCACAACAAGCAUCCAAAUGCGCAAAUCAUCCAAUCCGACGCGAUCUCGACGGAUGAACUGGCGUAUGCCGAAGGCCAGUAUCUACAGAUCACCAGAGUCGUUGCCGAACCUGAUCGGACGACAGUCGUCUUUAAGAAUCCCGAAGUCUCGAGCUCUGUCGUCAGCUACUAUGAACAUAACGCUACUAACACUUUCAGCCAUUCUAAACCGUUCAAUAAGGAUAACGUCGAUCCUUCAGAUACUGUUCGGAUGUGGGUCGAAAAAACUUUCUUGGUAUGUGAGGACGUGUUCCCGACGGUGUUGAAACGAUCAGAGAUCUUGGAGAUCAGAGUCUUGGAAAUCUCACCGAUCGAAAAUGCGAUAAUGAUUACUGAACAAAAGACAAGAGAAUUAGAAAGUCUUCAUCGUCGAUAUCUCGCUUUAACCAAAACUAGUGAUGCCAAAUUAAACACGAAUCCGUUAUCUAUGGCGUUGAAUAGCAUAGUCGAUACCCCUGCCAAGACUGGAAUACCUGCCUUCAGAAAUGUCUUCUUAACUCCUAAUUACUUGGAGGAACAUCCACAACAAGUCCACCCAGUUCAAAUGCUCCGCCAAGCCAUCGACCAUCAAACUACUGUGAUCAAUGCGAGUCUUCAAUUGCAUCAGUACCUCUGUCCGCCCGAAAUGAAAGCCUUCCAUGCCACACUGCAUAAAUUUUUUGUCAAGAAUUUCGCAGAAGAAAUCGGACGAUUGCCUCUCUCUUCUUCACUCAACGCUGAGCUAUUUGGAGCUCAGCCGGAAGGGUCUGAAGACACCCAGGCUGAUCUCACUCAACAGCCUGGACGGCAUGACGCAUACUCGCUCUCAAGGGGUAACUCAUUUGCAACAGGAUACGAUGGUAAUCCGAUGGUUAACAAUGGGGUUUACCAACCUAACGGACCCGCUCGACCCUCGCUAUCCUUAUCCCUAGGCGGCCUCUCGCCCCCGAUUACGAACCCCUAUGGACAGCACGACUCUCACGCCCAACCGCUUAUCAUCGGUGCCUCGCCAUCAAUCCAAACCCAAUUCCAACAAGGAUACAACUUUCCAUCCUCCUCCUCUUCUCUGAAUCCCAGUCUCAGCUUCAAUACGAUGAGCGGAGGCCAGUCGAGUGUCGGAUUAUCUCGCUCGAUGACGAUGACCUCAUCGCAUCAGAAUCCCACAGGGAACUAUCACGAGGGCCAGGUGAUGGACAAGCAGAGUGUGAUGACGGUAGGAGGAGGAGGAGGUGAAGGAUACGAGUUCCCAGGCCAGCAGAUGGAAGGAGCGAACCUGGUCCGGACGAUGAGUGGCCCCUCGAGCGGGUUUGCGGAGUCAGUCUACCAAUCCUUUAACACAAGUGUCCAUGGGAACAACCGGGUUGGAGACUUAUCAACAAGCGGAUCAUCCACACUCGUCAGUGGAUCCGGACCCACUAACUCUGGGCCUGGAAUUAAUCAGAACCCGAGCGGAUUCGGUAAACUGAUCAGGAAGGGCACCGGGACUAUCCUCUCUCAUAAUUCCGGAUCUAGUCGCGGCAGCUUCCAGCAGAAUUCUUCCAGCAUCUCUAAUCAGAAUCUGGCCGUUAAUCAGAACCCUCCUUCGGAUCGGAGAUCUAUCCUCGGCAUUCGGUUCGGUAGUCGUCAUAAAUAAUCUUUUUCUUUUAUCAAAACCCCUCCCCCCCCCCCCUCUCUCUCUCUCUCUUUUUCUUUUUUUCUUUUCGCUUGUUUUUGUCCUCGUCCUCGUUUCUUCCAUCGUUAUUUAUUUAUUUCUAUUUCUAUUUAUUUGUCUCUUAUUGGGCUCUCUCAUCUCCAUCUCCAUCUCCAUCUUUUUGUUCAUAAUUGGUGUUGAUUCAUUUUGUUUUUUUUUAUCAUCAUACGACUUCGUUUUUAGGUUUCCAUAGUUUAAUUUUUAUUUCUUCAUUUGCUUUGUCAAGAUCGUUCAUCUUAACCGUCUACAGACUCAUCCACACAUACAUGCAUACAUAGUCAUUUAUAUAUUUUCUUAUAUCAAUCUUACGCCCUCUUCAUUUGACAGACAUCGUUUCAUGCACUCUCAUAUCUUUUCUUCUCAUCCUCUCUCUUUUCCUUCUCUUUUCUUCUCGUCUUAUCUACAAAACCAAAAAUAAAAAUAAAAACAAAACAUGAAUGA